GCCACGUCCCUGGCCACGUCGCGCCCGCUCUCGCCAUCUUCGUCGCUUCCUCUUAGUGGCCGCCGCCUUCGCCUAAGCCGCCGAGCCCCGGGGCAGCCGCGCCGACCGCCGCCGCCGCCAUGAACAUCUUCCGGCUGACCGGGGACCUGUCCCACCUGGCGGCCAUCGUCAUCCUGCUGCUGAAGAUCUGGAAGACGCGCUCCUGCGCCGGUAUUUCCGGGAAAAGCCAGCUUCUGUUUGCACUGGUGUUCACAACUCGUUACCUGGAUCUUUUUACUUCAUUUAUUUCAUUAUAUAACACGUCUAUGAAGCUUAUCUACAUCGCCUGCUCCUACGCCACAGUGUACCUGAUCUACAUGAAGUUCAAGGCGACGUACGACGGCAACCACGACACCUUCCGAGUGGAGUUUCUGGUAGUCCCUGUGGGAGGCCUCUCGUUCCUGGUCAAUCACGACUUCUCUCCUCUCGAGAUUCUGUGGACCUUCUCCAUCUACCUGGAGUCGGUGGCCAUCCUGCCGCAGCUCUUCCUGAUCAGCAAGACCGGGGAGGCGGAGACCAUCACCACGCACUACCUGUUUUUCCUGGGCCUCUACCGCGCGCUCUACCUCGUCAACUGGGUCUGGCGCUUCUACUUUGAGGGCUUCUUUGACCUCAUUGCUGUGGUGGCCGGCGUGGUCCAGACCAUCCUCUACUGCGACUUCUUCUACUUGUACAUCACAAAAGUGCUCAAGGGGAAGAAGCUCAGCCUGCCAGCGUAAGUGCCAAAGACCGUCCCCGGCGUCCGUCCUUCCGGGUGCUCGGACAGACUUCUUACCGCAGCAAAGGCACGAGAUGCUUGACACGGAAAAUCAGAAACUUAACUCUUUUGUUGCAGAUAGUCAUCAGGGGCUCUGUAAGAACCCAGAGGAAAAGAACCAGAAGGUUUCUGUUUAAUGCAUCUUGCCUUAUCUUUUUUUAUUACUAUGUACAAAGAUUUUUUUACACAAAGAAACUUAAUGCUGUAUUAAUAAAUUCAGUGUGUAGCUUCAAUUGGGGUAGUUCUAAAAGUGACAGUUUUGUGAGAAUUGUGCAAACUUCUUUUUUUUUAAAUUCUUUGAAAUUGUCGAAAUGUCUGCAAUGAAAUUGUACUCCUUGACAGUUGGUAGAUUAUAUAUUCUUCCAUCUAUCAAACUUGCAUUCCACUAUAUUUAUUUUCCUUUGCCAAAAGAGGAGUCAUAUUUGUUUGAAAUCUGAAACACUACGGUGAAUUUGGUAUACCUGUUCAAAUUUCUUCCUGCCAAAUGUGGAAAUCCUUCCCUUGGACAUCACAACACUACAUUUAAGGCUGGUGAGGAAAACAUGCAAGUCUUAUGGUUUUCAUUACCAAAAAUUUUAAGAUUCUGAAUGUAGACAAAGUCUCGUUUGGGAGUCGCCAAAGGUGCCUGCCUGCCCGUCCUCCUGCCCUGCUACCAAGCAUCCCGCGGGGACUGCCCCAGGGAUCGAAGCACUGGCCCGGCCGGUGGGCCGCGGCCCUGGCUAUUGCCGCGUCACGUGGGACGCAGGGGGCGUUAAUGGCUGUUUUGGAUCCGGGACUCUGCUCCUCCGAGGACUGGACACAGUGGCCCCAUCACGUAGUUCACAGCUCUGCUCGAUGACCGCAGCCACGUCCGGGCUCAGAUCCAACCGGUUUUUGAAGUCACUCUCGGGUAGGAAAAUGAUUUACAUAUUUUUAAAUUGGCAGCACCAAUCACCAUUCCUUAUAUUCUUACUUUUUUUUUUCCUGAGCUCUUGCAUGAUUUAUCUUGUGUUACCACCUUAAUAAACGUUUUAUUAAACAUAGAAUAAA